UACAGGUUCGGGUAUUGCAGAUGGUUCAGAGAGUACAGACGAAAAUACAAUAAAUGGACCAGUCCUAGCUAUGACAAUACCGUCUCAACAAUCAGAAGUGUUAGAAUCUUCUAUUUCUAUAACAGUUGAGCAUCAUUACAGCGGUCUAUCGGCUCCACUCUGUGUGUUUUGGCAGUACACGAGUGAAUCCCAGGGUCUUUGGUCAGACGAUGGAUGUGCGCUUGUUACAACUAGCAAUGACGUUACAGUAUGUGAGUGCUCGCAUCUGACAAAUUUUGCUGUGUUGAUGAGCCCUAUCAAACAGAAGGAUCAAUCAGCUUGGGAUCUUCGCAUUAUUUCAAUUGUCUGCCUAUCUUUAUCCAUACUUUGUUUGGUGGCAACUAUUGUUGUACACGUUACGUUCUGGAAGUAAGUGUAUUUUUGUGACACUUUCUGAUCAUUGCGAUGAGGGUAAGAAAAUAUGCAAAUC